AUGUAUGUCUGUAUGAGCCAAGAGGUCAUCCACCAGCAGCCAUGGUGUUCGGCGAGUUACCUAAAGAAUACAACCCUAAAAUUCACGGUCCAUACGACCCGGCUAGGUAUUACGGCAGACCGGAUAUCAAGUUUGCGGAUGUGAAACUGGGUGAGCUUGGAGCAUGGUUUGCUAGGAGAAACAAGAGUCCUCAAGCUAUAAGUUCAGUCAUUGGAAGGUCAUGGUGGAGAUGGCAACACAAGUAUUGGUUCCCAAGAAAAGCUGGGAUGGCACCAUUUUUCCAGCUGAUGAUUGGUACCAUGGGAGUAUUCUACUUGCUUAACUAUGGAUCGCUAAAACAUCAUAAGAAUGCGAAAUACCACUAGCAAUAGCCGAGGGAAGGCCAGACUCCUAGAGAUGUAGAUUCCACAUCACCUCUGUCGUCUGUAACAGUGAUCAGUUACUUCCACAUUUUCCCUCGACUAUUUGUGUCGAGCGUAUGGAUCUGAAGUAAAAAACUACUUGGUUACACGUGCUUCAGUUCUAACAAAUUCAUAAAUUGCCUACACAUUUGUUUCCAAUUGUUGUGAUGCAGAAAUAUUAAACAAAGUCUGUUAACUAGUUAAAA